UGUGGAUAUACUCUUGAGGUGAAUACCUAUCAUUGUUUGAAAAGGGAAUAAAUUAUUAUGAAUUUCGAAAACAUUCAAAAACUAAUUAAUUUUGUUGCUGGAAAUCAGGCUGACAAAAUUAACAUUGAACGUUCGGCUAAUAAAAUAAUUAAAUGCUUUCGAUAUCAAGUUCGAUCCAAUAUUGACGAGAAUUGUGUGAAAGCGAAAAUUCUUGGAUUCAAAGAAAAAUUUAUGAUCUCUUGUCAAACAGAGAAAGCUAUCUCUUUCAUAAAUAUAGUCCAAAAUAUAUUUGGAUUAGAUGACAUGUCGUCUAGCACAGAAUGCGUUAAACACAAGCUACUCGAAUAUCGUAUUCUUGAUCUGCUUUUCAAUUUGGCAUCAAAGGCUAAUUCUCCAUUUAUUAAGCAUCCGCAAAUUUUUUGUCAAGAGUCAGAAUCGAGUUUUUUUCUUAUAAUAAAUAGAUUAGAUUCUGAUAUUGAUUUUUCGGUUGAAUACCCUGAAUCAUUAACAUCCAGUGACUAUAGUUCGUCUUUAUUUGAUAUAGUUAAAUUAUAUGCUAAAAUCAUUUAA